AUUGCUACUUUUUAAUAUCAAAUGCAGAAACAACAUUCCAUUCCCACAGGAGCAGGAAGCAACUUCUAACAUCCAAAAUGUGAAAUAUUGGGUGGAUACUUCACAAAAGCAUCUGAAACCAUUCUGAGAGGGGUAAUCAGAAGGUGGCAAGCUAAUAAACAAAUUGCCAAACAAGAAAAAAAGAAACCUCUGCCCUCCUUGCACCCAAUCUCAUUUGUGAUUAACGUAGCUAUCUUCUGUCUGUAAGAAACAUGCGUUCAUUGAACGAAAGCCUUCAGCCCUACUAAUCCCUUUUGCAUUUCGGUGUACAAGCAGCCACAGCACCUGGAUGCAAACGGUCGAAAGCAAACAGAAACAAAACGAGAAAAGUUUUAAACUCUCACAAUGCCGCAGGAACCAGGGAGUGUUUGAAGACAGGCACAGAAAACAAAAAAAGAACUUUCUUUUCCCUUGUGUUUAUGCCUCAUUUCCAUGCCUGCCGCCAAUCUGACCGGGGAGGGCCCAGCACUCUGCCAGCUUUACGAGGAACGCCGGCCCGGCUCGCCCGCACGGCCGCAACGCCAGCGCCGCCAUCCGCGCAGGCCCGGGGAGGCCACCGCAACAUGGCGACGGGUCGUUGCUAUAGGAACUGCGCCAUGCUGCGCACGUGGGCGGCGGGGAAAGAUGGCGGCGCCCGUCUCCGUCUGCCAUGUCGCCUGCUGCGCCAACCGGGUGGGCGGCGGGGCCGUAUCCUGGGGCCGCGAGGGGCUCCUCGCCUUCGGCAGCUGCCGGGACGUCAUGCUCUACCAGCCGGCGGCCAGGCGGAUGGUGGCGGCGCUCCGCGGGCACGGCGGCAGGGUGAGCUGCGUGCGCUGGGCACGGCGGCGGGACGGCGCAACUGAAACAGAGUUAGUUUCUGGUGCAUCUGAUAAAAAGCUCAUUCUCUGGGAGUGGAAUGGGACAGGAGUUUGGAAUGAUCAGCUUGUAAAAAGCAUUCCUCUCGAAGGCCAUACUGAAGCUGUUUGUGCUGUAGAUGCUAUCUACCAGUCAGAUGAACCUGAUUUAAAUCUGUUAAUAGCUUCUGCGGCAUCUGACUCUACUGUGAGAAUCUGGUCUCGACAUGAUUCAGAAGUUAAAUGCAUUGAAGUUCUGCAAUUUGGAAAUGGAUUUGUUAUGGAUGUUUCCUUAUCCUUCUUGCCUGGCAGCAAUGUACCAAUACUGGCUUGUGGUGGUGAUGACUGCAAAAUAAAUUUGUUUAUACAGCAGAAUGGUCAGUUUCAGAAAACAGUAAUACUCCCUGGCCACGAAGAUUGGAUAAGAGGCGUUGAAUGGGCAAUCUGUGGUGAUGAUCUAUUCUUAGCAAGCUGUGCUCAGGAUUGUUUGAUAAGAAUUUGGAAAGUGUGUACUAAAUCAAAGCAGUUUUCAGAAAUUGAAGAUCAUUCUAUCAGACUGAAAGAGAAUGUUUUUACUGUUAAAGAUACUGAUACAACAUACGCAAUUACUUUGGAGUCUGUGCUGGCUGGCCAUGAAAACUGGGUGUAUGCAGUCCACUGGCAGCCUUCCUUUUCCAAAGUAGAUGGCAGUAUGCAACAACCAAUGAGGGUAUUGUCUGCAUCGAUGGACAAGACUGUGAUCAUCUGGGAACCUGAUAAGGAGUCUGGAGUUUGGCUAGAACAGGUGCGGGUAGGUGAAGUGGGUGGCAAUACCCUUGGAUUUUUUGACUGCCAGUUUAGUCCAGAUGGUUCAAUGAUCGUUGCUCAUGCUUUUCAUGGAGCAUUCCACCUUUGGAAACAGGCUUCAGUUAAUAAGAAAGAAUGGACUCCAGAAGUUGUGAUUUCAGGACAUUUUAACAGUGUUGAGGAUGUACAGUGGGACCCAGAAGGAGAAUUUAUCAUCAGUGUUGGUUCUGAUCAAACUACUAGACUAUUUGCUCCAUGGAAAAGAAAACAUGAGACACAGGUAACCUGGCAUGAAAUAGCCCGGCCUCAAGUACAUGGGUAUGACAUGCGUUGUCUGGCAAUGAUUGGCCGGUUUCAGUUUGUGUCAGGAGCAGAUGAAAAAGUCCUUCGAGUUUUCUGUGCUCCCAAGAAUUUUAUAGAAAAUUUCAGUAGCAUCACUGGUAUUCCGAUGGAGAAGCUGUGUUCCCAUCAAUCUUCUGACCUUCCAGAAGGUGCAACUGUGCCAGCAUUGGGUUUAUCUAAUAAGGCUGUUUUUGAAGGAGAUAUAUCUGCUCAAGUAGCUGAGGAUGAAGAAACGUUUAAUACUAUUUCUAAUCAGUAUCCUGAGAUAUAUUUUCAGCCCCUGAUUCUUACAGAACCUCCACAAGAGGAUCACUUGCUGCAGAAUACAUUGUGGCCUGAAAUUCAGAAGUUGUAUGGACAUGGAUAUGAAAUUUUUUGUGUUGCUUGCAAUAAUUCAAACACUGUAAUUGCCUCAGCGUGUAAGGCUUCCAAAAAAGAACAUGCAGCAAUUAUUUUGUGGAGCACUUCUUCUUGGAAGAAAAUACAGAGUUUGCCAUUUCACAAUCUGACAGUUACUCAGCUGGCAUUUUCACCUAAUGACAAACUUUUAUUAGCAGUAUCUAGAGACAGAAAUUGGUCACUGUGGAGGGAAGAAGCCUCAUCACAGUCAGGACCAGUUUUCAGUUGCUGUGCACACACAGACAAAAAUACAGCUCUUCACAGUCGAAUCAUUUGGUCUUGUGAUUGGAUGCCAGAUAGCAAAUAUUUUGUUACUGGCAGUCGGGACAAAAAGGUCAUCAUCUGGGGUCAGUGUGAUUUAUCUGUGACUACUGAAGACAGUGUGUUGGAUACAAUCAAACCUUGUUCAACAGUACUGGAUGCUGGAGAUUCUGUUACUGCCGUUAGUAUCAGCCGUGUGCUUACUCCUGAUGGAAGGUAUAUUGUUGCAAUAGGCUUAGAGAAUGGGAAGAUUAACUUUUACACAUGGAAGCAGAGUGGGCAAGAACCAUCAGUAGCUGACUGGACCAAGUGUGUUGAGAUGGAUAACAGCCAAAGCCAUGCUCUUGCUGUGAAACGUUUGUGUUGGAGACAUCGUGAGGGCAGAGCUGGACAUAAUGAUCAGAACAACAGCGAGUGGUUGCAGCUUGCAAGUUGUGGAGCUGAUCACUGUGUUAAAAUAUUCAAUGUCAACAGAUUUGCUCUUUAACAGAGACAGCAGGCCUGUCUGUGCGAAAUUAAUUCACAACACUUUUUCAGCAUUGUUUAAUCUUACUUGUUUUUGAAUUUUUUUCUGCUGUCGAAAGUGAAACAUCUGAAAUAUAACUUAUUAAAACAACUUUGAUAAUUGGAAAUACUUUUCUAUUUCUGCACUUCUGGCAAAUGUGAAGUAUUUAUUUAUUUUGAUUGGUGAAUGUCCUGGAGAAAAGGGAUAGGAGGUGUGGGAUAUGGCAUAGAAGAAGGAUAAUGAGACCUCUUCCUUCACUGUGAGUCUGGUGGGAGGCAGCCAGUAGUUGGGUUUUUGCAUGCUUGGGUUGGCAAGUGGAGUAUGGAAUUGUUUGAAACGCCUUAUUCCUAUUAAGUGCAACUGUCAGUUAGCCUGUUAGUGCUGACACAGUGUUUCAGCAUCUGCAGUUAACCAGAGGUCAGAAUUGACUGCACACUUCUCCCUAGUAUCCUUCAGAAUGGUUAUUAUAGUACCUGUCCAAGUCGUAGAACAGGCAUGUCCAAUCCACUGGCUGCAUGCAGACUGGCAUGAUUGGCAGUGCAGCAUGCCCUGCCUUGCUCUGCUCUGUAAGGGUGGUGGCUCCUCCCUGCAGAGUACCCUGGGCACGCACCCAUCACUAGUAACACUGUGUGAACUCAAACAAGAACACAGGGAGGGCAGUGCUGAGCAGUGCUGACUCAAGUGGUGACAAAUAAUUGUAUGCAUUUUGAUACACUGGCUAAGCACAGUGCUCUGAAUAGCGAAGACUACGCAGUCAUGCUUUCUGUUUUGAUAAAGGAGUUUGAGAAUAGAUUUCAAGAUGGCAAAAAAAAAAUCGUUAAUUUGUUUGUGACACUAUUUUCAGUUGAUAUAAAUACAUUACCUGCAAAUUUUCAAAUGCAAUGUAUAGAGUUACAAUCAGAUAUUUAACUCAAAAAUCUGAUAGUGUCUUACAAAAGUCUAGUAGAGUGACAUUUCUUAAAAGAGAAAAAUACUUUUCACUUCACAACCACAUUUUAUUCAUGUCAUUGCUUUUUGGCUGUAUGUUUGUGAAUGGUUGUCAAGGAUAAAGUACAAGAAGAAUAAAAUUUCAUCAAAAAGAUCUCUGAACACCUUGAGAGCUCACGGAGAAUUGCAACCACUUCUGCUGAAGAAGAGUGAUGUAUUAGUUUCACAAAACAAGGUCAAAUAUCCCACUAGUUUUAUGAG